AUGUUGCUCCUCAAAGUCUUCGUCGCCCUUGCUGGGUUUGUGGCGUUGGCUCUAGCAGAUUGCUGCGACUGGGAAGGCUGCACCCCUGAUGUCAAUCACGAGUAUGGCGGGGGCGAGUGUCCUCCCAGACGCAGCAUGGUCGGCGACUACUGUGACUACAAAGACUCUCAGCUGCCUGAGGAGGCGCGCACCGCCCAUCCAUGCAAGUCCUUCUGUCAGAUCCGCACAAGCUUCACAUAUUCUGGCGAGUACCCCCUCGGCGGCACUUUCGGCGCUGGCUGGAGACAGUAUGGCAGCUCGCAGUGGAUGCGCUUCGGCUUGGAUUGGACGGAGCCGAUUGCUUUGCCGGAUCUUCCUUUCGGCGUGCUGGCUCGAGACGUCUCUGGUGGUCUGUCUCAUGCUAGUCGUGGCCUGGCAAAAGUCGACCACAUGGACAUCGAGCUCGAUGAUGGGCAGUACGGAUACUUCACCUUCCUUCCAAUGAACAAGGAAGUCUGUGGUACUUAUUCCCACGCCAAACCAUUCCCGAAUUGCGACCGAGAUCGUAUGAACAAAGGCAACAACUGUGUGGUGGAGCGAAGCAACUACGGCGAUCGAAGCGGCUUCUGGUGGUUCGCUCAAGACGUAGGUGAACCGUUCGUCCGAGGUCACACUGUCUUUGUGUACACCAAUAUGGGCGGCGAGCGGCUUCCACGCGAACAGCAGUCGCCACGAUAUCAAUAUGCGAUGGAUACCGGUGCUGCCCUCAAUGACAAUGACUACAGUGGUUGGAUCAAGGUUUGGCAGAACCCGAACAUUAACCAGCAAUUCGAGGGUGGCUCUUAUGGCCCGGACGACAAAGGUCUUACCUGCUUUGGCACACAGUCUGAACCAAAUAAACGCAUCCGGGAUGCCGAUGUCAUCCACUGCAGCUAUGCGAUGGGUGCGCUCCUAAAAGACCCCAGCAAACCUCUGCCCAUCAAGCGCAACGGCGAAAUUCUCAGCUUCGAUUGGUACCGCGGUUGUCAAAUCCAGGUCGAGUACCUUCAGGACUGGCACGACUCUUGCGUGGUCAGCCAAGCAGAGGUUGCCGCGGCUGCUGGACUGAUCAACUUCAACUGCUUGAAGGAGAUGUGGGCUCACGGACACACCCGGUUCGGUGUCAAGGGUCGCCACACUCUGAAGACUGUAGAGCCGUGUCAGGCCAAUGUCGUGGUCAGUGGAGGACCCGGUAAUGGAGGACAGAUCAACUGUGGCUCGAAUUGCAAGCUGGCCGCAGAUCUCGAGUCAACCUCCUUGAGUGCGCUGGACCGCAAUCUUCUGCUCAACUUCGCGGCGAACAACAGCUCGUCAGGCGUUGAAUUCGGCGAUCCAUACGAUCCAGAAUGGCCCGAGCAGCCAUUUAACGAGACUCAUCCUGGCUACCGCGGCGAGCUUCCUAGUCAGCAGGCGCGUCUUCAACAGGCGCUUCAAGGCCGCUUCUAA